AUGUGUCUACCACCCUGCGCCCAUGACCAAUUGACAGCAGCCAAGCCCGUCAACAGUCAACUAGCACUGGAUGGUGAGGCUCAGGCCCGUGCUUUGAGUGAUCCGGACCAGGAAGGCUGGAAUCUAAACUCCGUUGUGGGUCGCGCAUUUUGGCUCCGAGUGUCCGUCAUCCGCAUCAAAUUCCGAGAGGAGAUACUAGAACUCUCUCUCGGCGCAAACACAGCUAAUCUGGAUGGACGAGCCCGGUAUCACACCAAACAGAGCAUCAGAACCAGCGAAUAA